UCACUCACUCAGGCAGGGACAAGUGCUGGGUGUCUCCUGAACUGCUGAAAUCAGUUCACGUGUUCCCUGCAGAAAGUGUGCCUGAGGAAGUGAAUUUAUUCAUGAAGGCUUGCGUUGAAUGAUUUUCAGAUAAAGGUGUAAAACAACCAUCCUGAUGGCCCCAAACAGUACAGACUUUAUGGCCACCUGGAAAUUGGAGAUGACUCAGUCCACGUGGCUUGAUGCCACGAACAACAGCACCUUCUGCCCAUGGCCGGAAGGAUGGACGUGGCUGAAUGAUAUCCAACCGGUGUUGCUCUGGCUUCUUGCAGUCGUGGGAGUGAUCGAGAACGUGUUUGUGCUCAGUGUUCUGCUUCUUCAUAAGAGCCGCUGCACGGUGGCUGAAAUCUACUUGGCCAACUUAGCAGCUGCUGACCUCCUGUUACUCUGUGGUUUGCCUUUUUGGGCCAUCAAUAUAGCCAAUAACUUUGAAUGGCCGUUUGGCCUCGCCAUGUGCAAAGUUGUGAACACCAUCUCGUAUAUGAACUUGUACUCCAGUAUUUACUUCUUGGUUAUGGUGAGCAUUGACCGCUACCUGGCCUUGGUGAAAACCAUGUCUUUGGGAAACAUGCGCCGACCUUCCUCUGCCAAAUGGUACUGCCUUAUUAUUUGGGUUUCUGCGCUUUUCUUAUGUUCACCGGCUCUGGUAUUCAGAUCCAUAGAACACGUGCCUCCUCCAGAUAAUGUCACAGCCUGCAUUUUGGUUUAUCCGUCUACUGAUCAGUGGGUAAUAAUCACAAACACUUUGCUGAACACUGUGGGCUUUUUGAUGCCACUUUGUGUCAUUACCUACUGCACCGUUCAUAUCAUCCAUGCUUUGCAAACGAAUGAGUUUCAGCAGAUCAGAGCUAUUCAGAGUGAGAAGAAAGCCACUGUCCUGGUUCUCGCUGUCCUUUUUUUGUUCUUCAUCUGCUGGCUACCUUUCCAGAUCACCACAUUCUUGGACACAUUAAAACAAAUCAAGGUUAUGUCCAGUUGUCCUGCUGAACAAGUGUUAGAUGUGGCUACACAGAUUGGGACCUACUGUAGUUUUAGCAACAGUUGCCUUAACCCAAUAGUGUAUGUUAUUGUAGGCAAACACUUCCGAAAGAAAUCCAGAGAGGUCUAUGGUGGCUUGUUCCUGAGGAGACCUAGCGCAGCACCAUCUGUCCUAAUGACUUCCAUGGAAACUCUUCGAUCAUCCUUUUCAGUGGAAAACUACCGGAAAAAGUCUGCUGUGAAUUUACCGCGAUAGGGCUGUUUGCUUAUUGUGGCAGCAAAGUGUUAAAUGUAGCAGUGAAUUUUAGCUGGUGCCCCACUUUAAAUAAAGUGGACUCAUCCAUUUUGGUUGAAACUUCAAGUAUGCUGGCAUUGCGUUGUAGAGUUUGCAUAGGUCAAGAAUGGGUGGAAAGUUGAUCUAGAUCUGCUGGAGGAUCUCUGCAAUUGACAAAGAUUUCUGACUCCCAGUUGUUUAACAAAA